AUGGUCGAUAAAUUCUUGGAAGCUCAUGGAAUCAUCCAUGGCACCUGUGCUCCGUGUUCUCUAAAGUCAAACCCGACCGAGCGUGUUAAUCGCACGAUCAAAACUAUGAUUGUGACGUUCGUCGAGAAACACACUCGAUGGGACGAGCUUAUACACGAACAUGCGUUCGCCUAUGAUACGACCAUCCACGAGUCUACCUACUCUAGUCCAGCCUUUCUGAACUAUGGCCGACAUCCAGAGCUGCCUCGCAACGCUCGACGGAAAGAAGAGCACGCAGCAUUAGAACAGCUCGAGGCUGUUGCUCGCAACGCAUGGCACUCUCGUAUGAGUAAACUUGACGACUUUCGAGCCAAUGCACUCGAAAAUUCUAAAACUGCUCAAGCAAGAGUAUUGACAAAAAAUCGUGUACUUUCAUCUGCCACCAAGGCCAUUGCCGCCAAACUCUGCCCAAAAUAUGCAGGACCUUUUAUUAUAACGGCUUGCCUCGGCAUGAACUCGUAUCAACUCCAAACCAAAAAGGGUGUUGAUAUCAAGAAAGUCGCCGUUACCGAUCUAAAACCUGAAGAAUAUUCGCGAGACGAUGAAAACCUCUUAGCGAGUGAGAUAGAAAAACUCUCAGACGAAGAAAUCGAGACGCUUGCUGAGCAAUCAACGGCUUACGAGUCCAUGACCGGCAACCCGACUAUUCCCAUGGCUGGUCCGGCAAUACAGCGUAAUACCAGCAACGCUUUGCCAACGCAAGAGACGUCGUAA